AUGACAACGGGAACCAGCAACGCAUUUCACGAAUUCCUCGAAUCGGACGUCGUCUCCCUUCAAGCUUUCAACUCCACACAUGUGUUCAAGGUCCACAAAGCACUUCUUGACGCCAAAUGCGAAGUUAUUGCUUCGGCAUUCAACAGUAAUUUUACUGAGGGUCGAAGUAGAGUAUAUACCUUUUCUGACAGCUCGGAGGAUACUCUGGCGCGGUUCCUCGAAUGGGCUUAUCGAGGAGACUAUGCUGAGCCGGUCGUAAAGCAUUUGGACAAGACAACUGACCAGGCUAAGAAAGCCCAUGCUAGCGAUCAGCUAGAGAGCCUUGACCAUCCACUGGUGGCUCAUAUGGCACUUCUCAUCUUUAGCGAGAAGUAUAUCGUUCCAAAACUGAGGGAUUUUGUCUUUGCCAAGAUCAAGGUGGCCAUCCAGGUCAUGAACAAACCAUAUACGGCGAACGAUCGCUUGGUGUUAUCUCUCUCUUGA